GUCAGAUUCUAAUUACUUUUUUUAUACGUCAAAUGUUGCGCACAUUUUUUUAAUUUUAUCCAUUUACUAAAAUAUAUUUAUUUUAGCGAGUUAUACGCAUUAAAAUAUCGAUCAAACGAGCGAAUUACAAGACAGCGGAAAAUGCCCAGUCGCAUCGAAAAAAACAUAGCCAAAGAAAUCCUGAGAGAAUGCCAGCCGAGAAAUAUAAACCCCAAUUUAGAAUUCGUCCUUUACAUGUUGAGAUUGCUGAUGCUCGACCCGAACUGGAACAUAUCCGAAAACAUGCUCAACUCCAGGGCGAACGUCCAAAAAUUGGUCAAGCACGUGAUUUCCGAACUGGAAGCGAAAGAUUUGGUCAGGAUAAUGACGCUGAAGAUGCAAUUCUACUACAUAUGGACCAGCCAGAACAUCGACCAAAUAGUCCACAACAACAGACAGACCUUGGACAAUCGCCUGAAACCCCUAGAGGCGAAAAUUUUGGUAUCUAACACCGACAGCGCCGAGAGAAUCGUCAAGCUGCGGAAAGUUAUCGUGAUAUACUGCGCCUUCAAAUGCGGCAUGGGGAGUCCCCAGCAACCGACGGUUUAUUCCGAAACCGAAGCGGCGCUGGGCAGCAUUAUGAACAACAAAGAACUAAGAGACUUCAGUUUCCUUCCGAAACCCGCGAAAAAGGAACACUUAACCGAAAUCACGGGAAUAAUAACCGGAAUAAGACUGUUUAAUAAGUAUUCAAACAAAGGAGGAGCCGAAAUACCGAAUCUUAGCGAGUUGUUUAAGAGUGCUUGGGGUACCGCCAAAACGGACAUCCAAAUCACGUUAUCUUCGAUCCAGGACAACAUUAACAAGCGAAUGACGGUGGUCUCGAAAUGCCUGAUUUUGAAGCGAAAAUCCGAGCAUGACGCAGCCUACGCGUACCAAUUCGUCCCGACGGUGGAAAUUACGGAUAGCCUGGAUAUGAUCAAGGACGAAUUGAUUCACUUCAGGCAGUACCAAUUGUUGAUGACAAAAGCGAUGCUGAUCCUAGACUCGUUAAACGAAACUGUAGACGAGAUAAUGAACGACACCGCCGCACUAUCGAAGAAAAUCCAGGAUAUCGUCGCCGAGCGGCUAGCAGUACCUGUUUACAUAAUUUUCCCGUUGUUCGAGCAACUGGCCGAAUACUGGACGAGUCUCCAAAACCAAAUCCUGAAGCUUGGGAAGUACUGCACGUUCCUGGUGAACGUAAAAGUCUACAUCAAAACGAUAAAGUUCAACUCCUUCAUAAUGGAGGAACAGGAAAAAGACCCCGAGGAGUUCGAGCCGUACAAGGAAAACCUCGAUCUCGUUUUCGAUUCGAACAAUCCGCACGUAGAGAUCCUUCUGCCCGACGACUUCGACGAUUUCGACAAAAUCGAAUUCGAGUACUUGGGCUUCUGUUGCUGGCGAUUGGUGAAGACCGAGGGGGUGCUGGUGCACGGCAAUCCGUACAUUGGCGUCGCCAAGUACAAGGGCAAGUACUACGUGUUCUCGUCGUACGAGGCCGGCAAGGAGUUCUGCGAAGAUCCCGACGACCAUUUGAGGCGGGUGCUGCAUCUGGCCAGAAUCAAGACGCAGCUGAUCGAUUUCUUGCAGCUGAAGGAACAACUGCAAGCCGUAGUCGACGUCAAAACAUUAAUCGUAGACGAAUCAAAAAUAAUACACGUUAGAAACAUAGAUGUGCAAACGGAUGAGGGCUACGUUAUACCUCCUUACAAAGACAGGUCGAUAUCCUGGAACGUUUGGGAUAUUAAAAGGAACGCUUUGAAAACUGCUUCCCAGUUAAUAUGCAAAACGACCAGUACGCAAACGAUAAAAUCGCACAGCUACGCGCCGAUUAGAAUUCAAACGAUAGUAUGGAAAGACGCGACUACGCAAACGCGCUUGGAGAAAUACACGAACGUGCCGACGGUUUCGGCUUUCAUCUACGGUUUAAGAGGAAGAAAGGACAAUCAGCAGUACGUCAUGAACAUUACGAGGCCGAUAGAUCAAUAGGGAAAUAUAGUAUACGUUACUGUAAUACCAUUACAAUAGUGCAUAGUUAAAAAUAAAGAAGGGAUUAAUGUUAGCUUAUAUGCGUACACAUCUCUGAUACUAGUAGAAACAUUUAUUUCCUUAUGAAUAAAAAAUAUAUGGAAAAAAUUGUAUGAACAUCGAAAUGAAUUAAAUAUCGUACAAACAUUUUGUUCUUAUUAGGAAUCAAUUAUACACAGAUCAUCGUCGUUAUCUUCGAUAGGAUUCAAUUUUCUUCUCUUCGAGGAACCCUCUUGGGGAUCGUCGGACUCCUCGACGACCAUGAGAUCAUCUUGAUCGCUCUCCGCUUGCUUCUCUUCUUCGUUGCCGUUCUUCUCGCCGCCAUUGACGCUUUCUUUGGCCUUCAAAUCGUCGGGGUUCGCGACGAUCUUGUAGAGCGGAUCGUCUUUUUCUUUAGCUUCGUACUGAUUGACGGCCACGCUCAGCUCGUAGUUUUGAAGGAAAUCGUCGCAUUUCAAUAUACUGCCUUCGACGAUUCCGAUUUCCGCCAGUUUCUUGUCGUUGUUGAUUUCCGUCUCGCCUUCUUCCGAUGAUAUCACCACCAUUCCUCUACCAUCUA